AUGGAAAGGCGCAAUCUACAUCCAAAGAACCUCGACAUGUUCGAUCAACCAUCUCUUGAGCUGCAGUUUGAUGGCGCUGUGUACGCCAUGCUGAACAAGGAAAUAGCAGAGAAAACCCGUGAACUACAUAGAUUAGUAAAUUUGCAGGACUAA